AUGUCAUCUCUGAAGCCAGAGAAAAUAUUCUCCAAUAAGAAGAAAAAUAAGGAAGGACCAGAAGAGCAGCGUUCGUUUGAACCGGAGGCUUUCCACCUGGGCUUCCCCCGAGAGAGCCUGGUCACGGAGCACGAACCUUUGCGCGCGUACGAGUUCUGGCUCAAACAGAACGCGCAGCGCCAGGCUGCCGCCAGUGACUGCACGCCCAAGGGCCGAGGACGUCAGCCUGAUGCGGACUACCGCAGUUUCCCGGGAGGGGAGGGGAUGGUCUCCCCUCCGUGCAAAGCCACCCAACGCCACGAAAAAGCACGAGGGCUCCCAGUGCCCCCCUCGACACGGCGCGCGAGCAGCUGGUACCGAGUACCUCUGGGCACCUGCUGUCAUUGCCGUGAAAAAUUGCAGGUAGUUUGUGGCAAUGACGUACUGUAUUUUGCAGAGCUAUGGAUCUCGCUGGAGGAGCACCAAGACGCGUUAGAGCUUAUCAUGAGCAAAUACAGAAAGCAGAUGUUACAGCUUUUGCAAGGGAGAAAAGGCGAAGAUGCUGAACCAGUGUUGAAAGUUCAUCAGGCUAAUUCUUUGGAAAUUGAAAGUCAAAUAGACAGAAUAUGUGAGAUGGGAGAGGUGAUGAGAAAAGCUAUGCAAGUCGAUGAUGAUCAGUUCUUUAAAGUUCAGGAGAAACUAGCUCAGUUGGAGCUUGAAAACAAAGAGCUGCGUGAACUAUUGUCAAUCAGCAAAGAAUCUUUUGAGGUGGGGAGAGAAGAUCUGCCUGACUGUGAAGCUUAGGUCACAAAAUAACCGUAUCUCCAAAUCUUGACUUCAGAGACUUAUGAAACUACCCUACAAGGACGGGUUUUGAUCUGUUCUUUCAGGUGUUUCCUUGUAUGUUCAUCUUUCAAAAUGCGUGGGCUGUUUUCUCUGCAUUUUUCUGAAAUUACAUACUGUUGAUGGCAAAGGCUUGCAUCGCUGCUCCGUCUUGGUAAUUGCAGCAUACAGAUGCUUAACAAUGAAGUAUUUGAUGUGUACUCCCUUGUGAUAGUUUAUUUUUUCUCCCGUUUGUUAUUUUUUAUGAGCUUUAGUUAAUACUUCCAGCUGUGCAGAUGGCACUUAAAUCUACCUUGUCAGUAGCUAGAGAACAUAGUACAGGUUGUGAUUAUUUUAUUUGAUAGGAGUAAGAGGUUAUUUGAAAACUACAUUGUAAAUGGUAGGUAACAGAUUUUGCUCUGCCUGCACAAAGCAGGCAGGCAGAGCUUUUGUUUUGCUUUGAAGAGCUAACACUCAGUAUUGGGCUGGGUUAACACUGUCACUUGGACAACUGCUUAGAAGCAGAUCAAGAGAACAGCAUAUAGCCAGUAGAGCGCUUGAAGUAGUAACUUGUAUAAGGAGCACACUUUACCUUGAUUUAGGGGUGAAAAUCAGAGUGGAUGACCCUUUCUGACACCUGUGUGUUUUUGAAGGAUGUUGCGUAUCCUACUAGUUUCUUUUCUUAUGGGUAGACCUGUUCUGGCUUUAGCAAAGCUCCAAGGUAUGUGGACACUGGCUAGCUCUGAUCUAAAGGCAGUGCACUCAAACCCUGCACAGGACACAGCGCUUUCAGAUCAAAGCUCUUUGGCUCUUUGGCCUCCCACCACUUUGGACUUCAGGAAGAGUGAGCCAAGGUCUGCCUCAAAACUAAACCAAAACCAACCAUGUAGACAGGUUUUUAAUGUUACAUCACAGGUAAGUCUAGUAACAGAUGUUACAUAGUUACUGCAGCACCCUAUAUGGAGUGAAAUUACGAGUUGCAGCGUUGUAGGAAGUUAUCAAUAUUGCAAUAUUUUUAUUGAUGUUUUUAUAUAAAGAUUUCUUACCUGUGAUCAAGGAAUAAUCCUCCAAGAACAGUAAACAUCUCAUUUCCAAUAUUAGUUUAAAUAUUAUGCUGCUUUUUCCUAAGUGAGAAUUUUGAUAGAUGCAGAAAGUGAUUUACGUUCCUGUGCUUAUUAAGAGACAUUUUCUUGGAACCAUUUGGAAUAUUCAGCAAGAUUGUUUGGUAGAUAUAAGGGAUUUCUG